AUGGCUGACGUUGACGUACAAGUCCAGUACACUACUACUGAAAGAAAGACCAGGAAGGUCAAAAAGUCCUCCAAGCGUAGGGAGUCGAAGGAUGGCGAGGUCACCGUCACAGAACUCGAACAAACCACCACGACCGGCAAUACUGACGAUGGUGGCGAAUACACCAAGGCGAUGAACAAGGACUGGCACAGCGGUCACUUUUGCUGUUGGCAGUGCGACGAGUCCCUCACCGGACAGCGCUACGUGCUCAGGGAUGAACACCCCUUUUGUAUCAAGUGCUACGAGAGCGUCUUCGCUAACGGCUGUGAAGAAUGCAACAAGACCAUUGGCAUCGACUCUAAGGACUUGUCUUACAAAGACAAGCAUUGGCACGAGGCAUGCUUCCUCUGCGCCAAGUGCCGUGUGUCCCUCGUGGACAAGCAGUUCGGCUCUAAGCUCGAUAAGAUCUACUGCGGCAACUGCUAUGACGCGCAGUUCGCCAGCCGCUGCGAUGGCUGCGGCGAAGUGUUCCGUGCUGGAACCAAGAAAAUGGAGUACAAGGCGAGACAGUGGCAUGAGAAGUGCUUCUGCUGCGUAGUGUGCAAGAACCCGAUCGGCACCAAGAGCUUCAUCCCGCGCGAGCAGGAGAUCUACUGCGCCGGCUGCUACGAGGACAAGUUCGCCACUCGCUGCGUCAAGUGCAACAAGAUCAUAACCCAAGGCGGUGUAACAUACAAACACGAGCCAUGGCACCGCGAGUGCUUCACGUGCACCAACUGCGACAUGUCGCUCGCGGGACAGCGCUUCACGUCGCGCGACGAGCGGCCCUACUGCGCGGACUGCUUCGGCGAGCUGUUCGCUAAGCGAUGCACUUCAUGCUCUAAGCCUAUUACUGGCAUAGGCGGCACCCGCUUCAUAUCGUUCGAGGACCGCCACUGGCACAACGACUGCUUCAUCUGCGCGCAGUGCCGCACCUCGCUGGUCGGCAAGGGCUUCAUCACGGACGCCCAGGACAUCAUCUGUCCGGAGUGCGCUAAACAGAAACUCAUCGACAAAACAAUACUACCGUUAGUCGCAAACGCGAGAGACUGGUGCAAUUUACGUCGAACCAGCAACCAAUUCGACCUUUCCGACGAAAGUUUCAAGGUCAAAAUA